AUGUCUCUGCGCGGGCCCAUGCGGCAGUCCCACCUUAGGCAGGUGAGUGCUGCCAGCUUGGAGACCCUUUCGACUAUUCGCUCCCUGGACGCAUCGCACCGCGAACAUGGCCCCACGCCCAAUGAACGCAAUGUACGGCUGUCCUCCAGCUUGGCCCGACAUCAAUGUACACUCUGGGUUCAUGACGAGAUGUUUGCGCGCGAGGAGAUUCUCCUGAAUCCCACAGCCUUUGGUGAAACCAGAGUCCAGAUUGGCGAUGUGGUGGAGAUUCUGGCUGUACGGGCGGCUGGAGAUGCGGCCCACUCCGCGCUGAAACCAGAUGCAGGUGUGAAGACGAAUCGCGACUCGCAUGUUGAUAUCAACGGUUCGUCACAAUCCGAUAGCACUUCAAAGUUCAAGACGCCGUUGCAGAACCGUUGUUUGUUCGUGGUCAAGCCGUUGCCGCUGGAUAUCAAGACGCGCCAUCCCAGAUUGGAGAUUUCCGUGACCAACAGUGUAGCCAAUAUUUUCGGGUUCAAAAAUAGAACCCAGGUUUACUUGUCAAUUGUUGACCGGGAGCAAUGUUCUGCAUCACAUGUGGAUAUUGCAUUUCGUGAUCAAUACAUGGUUCGGUCCGAUAUGUGGAGGCUUGUCACGUCGGAACUUGCCGACAAGAUCAUCUACAAGGGACAGAAAAUCACAUUCAUGGGGAGUGUCAAGGCGACUAUCAAAAACAUCUUUAUUCGAGAGAAAAAGGUUUUGUCGGGGUACUUCUCAUCGAACACAAUCCCUGUAUUCCGGAGUGAGUCGGCAAAAUAUGUCCUCUUCAUUCAAAUGUCAAGAGAGAUGUGGAAUUUCGAUUCCGAGGGGUCAGGGGACAUUCUGUUCAGUCGGGUCAUCAACGGCUUCUUACCAGAGCUUUUCAAACGAUGGGUCAAUUCUGAUGCGAAGCAUUUGGUCACCAUUGUGCUUUUUACCCGAGUCGAGUACGACGCUUCAAUUCAUUCAAGCUUGGCGAAGCUCAAUGCUGGCACUCAAAAUGCCGGAGACCCGAAUCAUGUUCCAACUCGGGAUUUCUACCGCGUCGUAGUAAACGACAUGGCAAGUGGUCACUGGACCACGAUUCUGGAUGAGUUGAAGAAGAAUUUCCGAACUUUCCUUCGCGAUGUUUCGAUUUUAAAAACAGAGGAUCUGGAUGCUGCAGCUGGCAGCGGAGUCAAGCUUCCUUCGAAGCCACAUACUGCAACUAUUGCCGGACGACCUAGCACAGCUCUGCGCGGCAAUAUUCUUGAGGCUAUUCACCUCGCUUCUGCGCAUUUAGCGUAUGAUCACAUUGACAGAGAUAUGGUUCACACGGGCACAUCCAUCAUUGUCAUUACCCCCGGCAGUGGCGUUUUUGAAGUCUCCUACGAGUCCCUUGCCUCUACUACAGAGGCACUGGCAAACCGCGGGAUAGCCAUUGAUCUGGUCUGUCUGAGUCCGAUGCCCCUUCAUUCAGUCCCUCUGUUCAAAUACCGGGAACCUGUGGAACGGAACUCGGGUGGCAUGGCAAGCACCUCGAAUACACCCAUGGGGAACCUGUCGCCAGAGAUGCACCACUCAAUAUCAAGUCUUGUCAGCAGAUCGUCCUAUCUGUCUCCAAGCUCUUACCUCUCUGCUACCCGCAUGCGAGAACGAGGAAAUCCUCGAUCUAGAGAGUGGAGCUACGGUAUUCCUCACUGGCUUGACAUUUCGUACUGGAAUCCCGAGACGUACCGAGAGGCGCGACGAAUUCUAAAGAAUGAUCCCAACGCGCCGAUACCGCUUACCGUGACUCGGCCGUCCAAAGCUUUUACCCCACGUGUUCGUAUGUAUGAGAUUCAGAUGAUGGGUGUUAUGGAGAGUGAGCAAUCGAACAUCUCUAUUCCAUACUUGCUCGAAGGACGCGACUUGUCACGACUUCGUGGAUCCUGGCCCGGGCCUAGUCCGGCAGUCCGCGCUCCGCCCAGAACUCGAUUUGCCCCUUCGUCUUUUAAAGCGCAUUACAGCGAUAGUCUACGACCAGAGCCGUUCCCCGAAAAUUUCGCCGAUAACAACGAUAUUCAGACAACCGGUCAGCCAAAAUCACGCAAAUCCGUGUUGACAUGGAUGGAUCAGUACGACGAUAACAUCUUCGCUAUAAGACCAAAGCGCCGUCCAAUACAAAAGCCUAAAUCCAAACGACUUAGUGAGCCUGAGGUUCAGGCUGCCGGUGCACAUGAAAGGAUAUCCGCUCGAUCCAUCUUGCGCCUGCGAGAGCAAGAAACAGGCGGGAAUGAGCACAAUCAGUCUUUCCGUCCACGCAGGCUUGAUGGGUCUAUAUCCUCCCCCAAAAGCCCCUCGCUCAACAAGCCCGCAUUGAAGUCCGCAGCGACUCCCAAGAGCUCUAGGAUUUUCUCAAAGACCAUCAGCUUUGCACUGCGUGGCUUGAGCGCUACUCCACCUCGAGCGCAGGCAAGCACAGGUGUCCAUGUUGAGAAUGCUAGCGCAAUGCCGAUGUCAAACCAGCGGUCCUCGGGAGGUACAUUCUCUGACACGAAGAGCAUUACCUCUCUGAGUCUCUCGGAAUCAACAUCCACACCAACUCUCGCGGAUCUACCCUCAAGACCGUCCACUCCUCCUAAAAUGGCCCCUGUUUCCAAGGUGACACCGUCAAAACCUAUCUCCAUCAAAGCUCCAUUCAAAAAGCCGGACACUACAGAACAGCCCGAGCGUAGUGGUGGAGCCCAAAAUUCGCUUCCUACAUCUACGGCAGAAGCUCCCUUCAACGAGGAAGGGCGUGAAGAGGGAGCAGGCCGACCCAAUGACCGUAAAAUCGAAAUCACAUUCAAUCAUGGUUCCCGCGAUGCAUCUAUCAGAAACUCACCAAGCAAAGCGCUUUCUCCGUGGGUUCGAUCUGUCAAUCCUUGUAACACCCCGAAGGAUGUGUUGCGCAAUACCAGCUGGUUUGGUCGUUGGCAGCACGCAUACCCGCGUCCUCCACAUGUUGCUGUGGUCAAAUGGAAGAGUCUGAAGUCACCUGCAGUUUUACCAUUGACGACAGAGGAGUUCCCGACAGCCGGAGAGCUUUCCUCUGAAUACCUGCAAACACCAUAUCGUGUCUUUCCAAACGACGAUGCGGAUGGCUAUGAGGCACCAAAGACGCGUGGAGUCCUUUUGCGCGAGAUGAUUUCCCUUCGAUUGUCCCAUGGCUUCCAAAUUGUCAUCGGGAAGACUGUUGCCGAAGUUUCAUCCCAAUCGGCACUUGAGUCAUUGAAUGUCUUCGAUACCCGAGGGCUCGAGCGUGAUGGUGUUACUGUUUUCCUCUCUAAAGGAAACGCCAUUCACCGUCUCAUCUGUAUACAUGGAGGAGAGAUCGAGGUGACUCGUUUCACGCAUCAGACAACCGCCGCGCUUGCAUCUUCUAAGAGAGUCAACUUUACUCUUUAUCAGCCAGCUAUGAGGACAAUUCUCAGUCCAGAGUACGAAAUGAAAGACAUCAAAUUGGAUCCCACCGCUGAGGAAUACAACUGGAACUAUGCCGACAAUUACGUGGCUGGUCACAGAGACUACCUGCACAACCCAGCCCAGCAGCUACAUUUCUGGCGGGUUCGUUAUGUGCUGAUUCCGAUGCAACUUCAUCCCAAUACUCGGCGGCAUCUGCAGCUCUACAACGAGGACAACGAAGAGGAAAUCCAUUUGCUGGGUAUCAGCCAAUUGACCCAUAUCUGGCAGCGUAACAAGUACAAUUCUCCCGAGAAGCGUUUUGAUGCCCCAACGAACACGACUACAAAUACAUCUACAAACACUCCUGCGAAGAAGCGAGACUUGAACCCGCUCAAUAUCAUGUAUCAGACGCGCAAUCCAUCCGAGGUUGUCGCGGCUGAACUCGACCGGGUGUUGCUCACCGACCCGAGACUUGACAAUCCGCCUGCUCAGCUGUUACCCGAGUCCGAGCUUCUUGAGAGGUCCAGUGUCAACUUGACAUCUCUUGCGCAGUUGAUCCAGGGAGACAAGGGCGUGCGGAUGAUGGAUCGUCGCUGGCAUUGGAGACUGCAUUACAACUGUUUCAUUGGCUUUGAGUUUACAACGUGGCUUCUGCAAAAUUUCCGGGAUAUCGAUACUCGGGAUGAGGCGGUUGAAUUUGGCAACGAGCUGAUGAAGCAUGACCUGUUCCAGCAUGUCGAGAAGAGACACAAUUUCCGUGAUGGUAAUUACUUUUAUCAGAUCUGUACUGAUUACCGUACCACUCGCCCGGAAUCUCGAGGUAGCUGGUUCCCACAGCUUCGAGCGGACAAGUCUAUGCCUUCAACUCCUGCACCUGGAAGUGGAAAUGUGAAGGAUUCUCCUUCUAGUUUCCAUACCCGCUCCGAUAGUAACGACGAUCGUGUGCCGCCAACGCCGACCACUCCGUCCAAGACCAAGAACAAGGUUGCCAUCAUGCUAUCAAAAUCUCUCAAGUACGACGUGGAUAACAGAAAGCGCUCGAACCGGCCCGAAAUGAUUGAUCUCCAUUAUGACCGGCUGCACAACCCGGCGAAUUGUUUCCACAUCGAGCUAAGCUGGAUGAAUACAACACCCAAACUGAUCGAAGACGCCGUCCUCUCAUGGGCGUCCACGGCCGAGAAAUUCGGCCUCAAACUAGUCCAGGUCCCAAUCGCAGAAGCCUCCGCUAUCGACAGAACCCAACCCUUCCGCAAACCCUACAGAAUCAAACUCAAAGUCCCACCACCCAAAGGACCAGUCCACACGGUCUUCAACAACGCCUCCUUCGCCCAACCGGGCCCCCCAGACACGCUCUACUACCAAAAGAGCAUCCUCCGCAAAUUCGACUUCGUUCUGGACUUCGAAGCAGCAACCUCCUUCCCAGCGGACGUCGAAGUCUCCUUCUCCUGGGGCAAACCAGAUUACAAAUACCACCAAUUCAUCCACCGCACGGGCAGCAUUCUCGCCCAGAUUACCGACGAGGGCGACUUCCUCUUGCUGGCAAACCGCCUCGUCAGCACGCGCAGCGCCGCAAGCCGCGACGCAGGCCGCUACGAUCACAGCCGCGAGUAUCGCGGUCGUGCAGCAACUCAUGACGCCCUGGAUAGAAUAUCUCCCCGUCUAUCCCCUCUCACCCGCCCCCUCCACGACAUAGGCAGUCCCUUACCCCCGGGCCCAACCAACGGGCCCACAAACAUCGACUCCGCGAACCUCUACCGAGCCCCUGAACAUAUCCUCUCCGGCCUAGUAGACUUCUGUAACGACGCAGCUCAACUUGAACAAUUCUAUAGCGAAAACCACGCCCGUCCAGCCUCUACAAAGACCGAGCCAGCCACGCACCUCGACAUUUCCAUCCCAUCGCUGGAACUCCCCGCCAGCGUGGUCAGUCACCAUAUCUCGCCUCCGCCGGGCUUGCCGUCUCGAAUUACGCGUGAAACCCGGGAGACGAGGGAGGGGUUGAAGUCGCCGGAGAUAGCGAGAGCUAGGGCCAGGGGUGAUAGUCUUAUCGGGAGUCCAAGGAGUCCUAGGAGUGGGGGAUUGCGGCCUCUGAUUUAG